AGCCUGAAUACAUCCUGUUCCAGAAUGGACUUUAUCCAAAGAAACAUCCAAAGAAUGCAGGCAGGAGUAUGUGAGGUUUCAAACAACCGUUGAUCAGACAAAGUAAGGACAAGUUCUGUAAAACGUUUAAAUCUUUUGCACACUUACAUUACCAGAAAGUUACCUAAUGAAGAAUGUUUGUUUACUUAUUUUGUAUGAAUACUCUUCAAGCAACAUAGCUGUUUCUGACAGUACCCGGUUCAAUUAGACAUUCUCCAUUCCUUAGGCACUGUUGCAGGAAGUAAGAUGAAUAAGUGCCAAAUUCUGAGAGCACAUUGCAAAAACAAGCUUGAGGGCAUGAUGUGCAUUAAUAAUUGAAAAAUUAAAAGAGCAUCUGAUAACAAUCAUUCCUCUGCAGUUUGAAAUGCCUCUGAUACUGAACUGCUUUCUCAACACCUUAUGGCUUUAAUUUAAUGCAUGUGUCAGCAGUCAGGAAUCUAGAGUACCAAGCAAUGUUAGAGGCUUCAAAGACAGAAUGAUUUUCUGUCCAUAUGAGCUCUUAUCUUUAAUACAAAGUGCUCUGCUAAAAUGUUAAAAGUAUGGAUAUUGUUCACGUCUGAUCUAAAAAUGUGAUCUCUUUUUGAAGUUGCAUUCUGAGGGAGACUUUAUGCCACAAAUAAAGCUGUCCAAAAAGUCAUGAAGCUUCAACAGAGAAUGAACUCAAGGUGAUUUGACGUCAGCAUUCUGAGAAACGGCAAAGCUUCCAGGUGGUACUUAACGCAUAGAAGUCAAGGUUUCUCAAAAAAGAGCAUAGUGCUAGUCUGUGGGACAUUUGCAGCUAAAUGACAGAAACAAACACCUAAAAACUGGAAAUAGGUGCAGCUCUUGAGCAGCUCUUGGUUUGGACGGUUCAGAAAUUAACAGCAAAAAAACAACAACUAGCUCAUUCUGGAGAAGGCUGUGAUAUUCUUUGCAUCAACUCCGAAGGGUCUCUCUCUCUCUCUCUCCAGCAUUUAAAGGCUCAUCAAAAUGAAAAAUUGGAGUUUAUUUCAUUUGUUUCUCCAGACUGUAUUGAUAGUAGGCACAGCUGGCUUGACUUUAGAGAGUUGUUUCCAAGAGCAGCUGAAACUCCAGGCCCAGGUGAGACUUCUGGAACAAAGUGUGAAGCAGCAACAAGCCAAGAUUGUGCAGCUCUUAAUCGAGAAGGACAUGCAGUACAGAGAUAAAGGAAGUGAAAACAGUGUUAUUGAUCUGGGAGAAGAAAGAGAAUAUAAAGAUUGUGCGGAGAUCUAUAACGCUGGACACAAACAGAGUGGAUACUACAAGAUGAAACCUCUUGAGAGCCCCAGUGGAUUCUCUGCCUACUGUGACAUGUCAGAAGGAGGAGGAUGGACGGUCUUUCAGAGACGGUCAGACGGGAGUCAAAAUUUUGAUAGAGACUGGGCUGAGUAUGAACAAGGUUUUGGCGAUUUUGCUUCACCAGAUGGUGAAUACUGGCUUGGAAAUAAAAAUCUCCACUAUCUGACCUCUCAGGGGAAUUAUACCUUGAAAAUUGAUCUGUCUGAUUUUAUGGAUGAACAGCGUUUUGCACAGUAUGAAAAUUUCAAAGUUGGAGACGAACAGAGCUCUUACAAGAUGAACUGUGGGCAAUACUCUGGAACAGCAGGAGAUUCCCUCACUGGGGGGUUUCACCCUGAAGUUAAAUGGUGGGCAAACCACCAAGGAAUGAAAUUCAGUACAAAGGACAGAGAUAAUGACAACUACGAAGAGAACUGCGCUGAAGAAGAUAAAGCUGGCUGGUGGUUUAACAGAUGUCACUCUGCCAACCUGAACGGCCUGUACUACGAUGGACCCUACUCAGCAGCAACAGACAAUGGAAUUGUGUGGUACACGUGGCACGGUUGGUGGUAUUCUUUGAAAUCGGUUGUCAUGAAAGUCCGGCCGUCAGACUUCAGCCCUAAUGAGGUUUAAGUUUAAUGAUGUCGGCACUCAUAUUUUUUGUGCAAGCCGGUCUGGAUCGUAUGGGGACUUUGGCUUUCUUCAUCCAUCUCUGUGCAAAUCGUGGAAGACUCUACCAUGGAUGGGAGCUGAAUUUCCAGCCUAGAGCAAAGUGUUUCUGGGCUUAGCUGUACCUAGCCCUUUGUCAAGGCAAAUAGGUUUCACACAAGGCAAAUCAUAACCCUGCCCAGCAUUUACAGUGUGGCUAUAUGAACUAUUUAAAUACCACUGGGCUUCAUGAUAAAGGCCAAAAUUAUGUAUUUUAUUCUUAAAGAUAAACUGGACAGUUUACAUGGUAA